CUUGUUUUCCAUAAGCCAUAAUUUUAAGAGUCUCAUUAUUGUGUAAAAUGGCCUUUUCCAAGGCAAGAAGCAAGGUAUGUUUUUAGAGCAGUGGAGUACAUGAAAUAGAGCAUCCUCUAAUUUAAAUAAUGACUCUACACUUCAUUUUUUUUUUUGGUUUGUUUGUUUCUUGUCUUAUAGGAGCAAUGCCAAAGGUGCUCCUCUGAACAUAAAUAAGGUCUCCAGUAGUCUGAUUAACUUUGGAAGAAAGUUGAUUUCCCCAGCAAUGGCCCCAGGCAGUGUGGGUGGCCCUGCACCUGGAGGCAACAGUGGCAGCUCUUCCCCUGCUGCGAUCCCCACCAGGGCCUCUGCAGAAGCCCCGAAGCAUCAUUUGCAGCAGCAGCAGCAGCAGCAGCAGCAGCAGCAGCAGCAGAGGCUGAUGAAAUCGGAAAGCAUGCCAGUGCAGUUGAACAAAGGACAGAGUUCUAAAAACAUCAGCUCAUCUCCAAGCAUUGAGAGUUUGCCUGGAGGAAGAGAAUUCACUGGCUCCCCGCCUUCAUCUGCUACUAAAAAAGAUUCCUUUUUUAGCAACAUCUCUCGCUCCCGCUCACACAGCAAAACUAUGGGCAGAAAAGAAUCUGUAAGUAUUUUGGGACAGUUUAUUUGGUUCUUUAUCCUUUAUUUUCCUCUAUCUUGCUACAUUUAUAAAGCUUCUCUAAUGCUAGCUCUAUAAUGUUCUCAGAACUUCUGUGAACUAAAACAAAUUACUGUAUCAAAAGUAUCUGAAUUUUGUCAUUAUAAUUUAGUGAUAUGUCAAAACUAUGGCUUGAAUCUGGAAAAAAGAUAGUGUCACUUUAAAAUAAGUUGAAUUUCUUUGUACUGUACAAAUGCCUUUUUGUCAAAGCCUGUUAUACUUCGAGACUCAGCAACAAUAUCACACAUUACAGACUUGUUUCUUUAGGAAGCACAAACUGAGAUGGAAUUAGAAGUAUGAAAGGUUUAUUGGGGAGCAGCACCUGUGAAAGAGGAGGAGGAACCAGGAUUGCUAGAGGAAUGGCAUCAGACCAUAAUACAGACCUCAUCAAAGUCUGGUUGGUUAGGUUUUUUUCUAAAAGAAGUUAGUUUUUUCCAAAAAUUUAAGAGAUAACAUUAUACCAAUGGGAGAUUAUGACACUUGAAAUAAGCCAAACUGAUUUUUCCAUUUUAAGUAUUUCUUCAAAAUUAAAAAUAAUUAUUUUACCAUUUGUUUUAAAAUGCUGUAAGAACUACAUUUAAAUUA